AUGUUCCUCAAAAAUCCACAAAACAUCUACACUUCAUCGACUUAUUUGUUUUGCUAUCUUAAGUUCCUGUCACUGUUCCCACAAUCCCUAACUGGACCUUUGGCUAAAGGAAACUUUAAAACUAAAAUUCGUGACAAAAUCCUUGCAAUUUUGAUUAUAAUUUCCGCUCAAUUUCUAUUCCUUAACAUGAAAAGAGAGGAGCGAAUGAUGUCAGCGGUGCGUAGGAGAGUUUGGGACUUGAGUGCUUAUAUGGGAAAGUGGACAAUUGUGUUCCUGGUUAUUUAUCAAUAUAGGAAGCGUGAAAGUAUUUUGGAAGUCUUUAGGAUGAUUUAUGAGUUUGAUGAGAAGGACAGGCUGAACCUCCUACAUGUCAAAAUCACAUCGAAAAGAGUCUUAACAAAUGUUGAAGUCGAGCUAAUCAUUGAACUUUAUGAAAAAUUAUUCAAAACUUUGGAUUUCAUUAAUGAAAAUUGCACGACUCAAUUGGUUCCAGUUUUUGGAUACUUGCUGAUGAAUGUGACAUUCUCACUUUAUGGAAUCGUUGCGAAUCUCAGCAACAUUAAUGAUUUUAGUUUUACAAAUACGAUUUUUGUUUUUGCUUGGUUUGUUGAGCAUGCUGCUCUGAUAAUUGUCCCAAUCUAUGCAGCAGUCAUCACAAUGAAAUCAUUCGAUAGACUCCAAAUUAUUGGAUACGAGACAUUUAAGAAUCGAAAAAUUAUGAAUCAUGAAGUUAAGGAAGCAUUUUGUGAGUUUUUGAACUUUGUCAAGUCUUGGAACUUUAAAUUGAGAACUUUAUUCUUUGUGAUUGAUUGGACUUUGCUGUUUACUCUUCUGGCACUGUUGCCACAUUCUAUCAAUGGACAACUGUCGAAAGGAAGCUUCUCAAUUAAAAUUCGUGAUAAAGUCUUUACAAUUUUCGUCCUUACAAUCAUAGUUGUCUUGUCAAUGGUUGUUAAAAGACAGGAUCACAUCAUGUCUGUUGUACUGUCCAAUAUUUGGAAUAUGAAUUCACACACUGGUAGAUGGACGACUUUGUUCCUGGUUUGCUAUCAAUACUGGAAAAGUGAUAAAGUUUUGGAUAUUUUAAGAGGCUUGAAUGCGUUUGAUGAGAAGGCAAAAUUCUUUAACAUUUCCAUCAACCACACCUCAAAGAAACAAAAGUCGCUUGUCUACAACCUCAUCUCAGUCGUUGGUGUCUUAAUUUUUGGAACUUUCAUCACAAUUCUCAUUAAAGUCAGCAAUGGACACGACCCUGAUCUGCUGUGUACAAUAUCAUAUUAUACAUCAUUCUUUUAUUGCAGCGCGAUUGCUUUUCAAUUUUCAUACUUGACAAUCAACAUUAGGGACAGAUUGGAACUUGUAAAUGACACAAUAAAAGCCAAAAGGACUCUGACAAGCUUUGAAGUUGAAUUGGUGAUUGAAUUUUAUGAAAAGAUGUUUAACACUCUUGAUUUAGUUAACAGGAACUGCACAACUCAGUUGGUUCCAGUGAUUGGAUAUAUAUUCCUUAGUGUGACUUUUUCGCUGUACGGAUUGGUUGGCAUUCUUCUUAGUGACUUCAAUGUUAAUUAUUUUAAUACAAUCUUUGUGGUUUCGUGGCUUAUUCAGCAUUCUGCUGUUAUCACAAUGGAAGCUAUUGAGAGUCUUCAGCCACUUGGCUAUGAGACACUUAAACAUAGGAAAAUCUUAAACUAUCAAGCUAGAAAGGAAUUUAAAGAAUUUUUGGCAUUUGUUAAGUCAUCAAACUUUAAACUGCAAACUUUAAUCUUCAAUAUUGAUUGGAAGUUGCUGUUUACGCUUUUGUCAACAGCAGUCACAUUUAUAACAAUAACAUUUCAAUUUGAGACCUCAAUGGCUGACUACAAUGCAUCCUUGACAUCAAAAUCAAUAACAAUUUUCUUCAUAAAUUCUGCUGCAACAACUCAAGAAGCUGUUGAAAAUCUUCAAAUUAUUGGAUAUGAAACUUCGAGGCAUCUAAAAAUAAUGAAUUACGAAGCUAGGAAGAUGUUUAAAGGCUUCUUGCGCCACAUAAAGUCAUCAAACUUUAAACUACGAACUUUGUUCUUUAAUAUUGAUUGGGCGCUGCUGUUUACUAUUUUAUCAACAGCAACGACUUUCAUCAUUAUAACAUGUCAGUUUGAGACCUCGAUGACAGAUCCUAAUGCUCCUGUUGCUACAAAUUCAACAUAG